UAUCCUGCGGACAAGUAGGACAUUUUGGAACAUCUGAACAUACCACACAAUCGGAAUCAGGAGUAGCUCAACAAACGUACAAAGGACAAAUAGUGAAACUUGCUGAAACGUCACAUGAAUCACAUGAAAUACCUUCAACAUCACUAAUGGCAGAUGUAACUUUACAAAAUGCUCAUAUCAGCGAAGACGAGGCUGCAUUAUACGAUAGACAAAUUAGACUAUGGGGUUUAGAAGCUCAGCAACGAAUGCGUGUUUCAUCCAUUCUAAUCAGUGGGAUGCGAGGUUUAAGUAAUGAGAUAUGCAAGAAUUUGGUUCUCGCAGGGAUUGGCUCCAUUACAAUAAUUGAUCAUAAUUUAGUUAUGGAAGAAGAUCUCGGCGCACAAUUUUUUGUGACCGAAGGAGACAUAGGAAAGAAUAAGGCAACUGUUUCAGCGGAUCGGAUUCGCCAAUUAAAUCCUCGUGUCGUGGUAAUAGCUGAUAAUAGCGACAUACGUACAAAGCCUGAUGAUUUCUUCAAAGUCUUUGAUUUAGUGUGUCUUACAGAUUGUGAUCCUGAUACAAUGAUCCGAAUUAACGAAAUAUGUAGAAAUUUUGAUAAAAAGUUUUAUGCUGCUUGUGCUUACGCAAUACCACAUAAAGAUGAGCACGAAAUAACAAAGCUAAAAAAACAUGAUGAAUAUGUGAGCUUUCAACAUGCUCUAUCCAAAACCGACUGGACAGAAAUUUCAGAUAGAAAACUAAAAAAGAUUUCACCUUUAUUAUGGGCUAUUCAGG